AGUCGAUCACUGAUCGACAAUUUGUAUUGAUAUUUGCCAGCACGUUGUUUACAAUUAAUGUUUUCCAAUUUUUAAUUUACUCAUACUGAAUAGUGACUACUGGGACUACUGAGUCAUCCAGUCCACAUUGUCAGCUCCAACGUACUUAACGUGUUUACUGUGUUCACUUUUAUUUUUGUGUUUAUCAACGUUAUUUUUCAAUUUCUAGUUGACUCAUACUGAGUCAUCCAGUCAACAUCUUUCAUCAGCUUUAAUCAGCUCAAACGUGCUAAAAGUUUUUCACUUUUAUUUCUGUGUUUUACUGAUUAACAACGAUGUCGACUGAUAAAAAUAAUAAUUCUGAUGAGUUUGACAAGACAGCUCAAAGUCUAUCUGGUACAUAUGUUUUUAAAUUUACACCAGAUCUCUUUUCUGGUGAUUCAACAAAUGAAAAAUCACGUCCUCAAUGUAUAACAAGUACGAAAGAAUUUAAUAAGAAAUCAGUUGAAAAAUUACAACCUAAAAUUGUUAAAUAUAGUUUAGAAGAACCAAAAGAACAAACAAUUGGUUUAUUUAGUAGAUCAAGUGAAUCGUUGGGUUUUAUUGAUCCAAAUAAGCCAACAACAAGUGCAUUAUUUACUCAACCAUUAUCAAGUAUGCUUGAUGGAAAUAAUAAAACAUCACCAUGUAAUCCAACACCAACAUCAAGUACAAUAACUGUUGGUUUAUUUAGUUCAACAACAGCACAAUCAUUAGGCGAAACAGCAACAAGUCAACCAUCAUUUGGUAGUAAUGAUUUACAACCAGCAAGUACACCUUUAUUUGGAUCAAAAAAAAAUGCAAGUAGAAGUGUAAAACCGAAUAAUACAAGUACGAAAGAAUUAAAUGAGAAAUCAUUUGAAAAAUUACAACUUAAAGAUGAUGAAGCUGGUUUAGAAGAACCAGAAACACCAAGAAAUGGUUUAUUUAGUAGAUCAAAUGAAUCGUUGGGUUUUAUUGAUCAAAAUAAACCGAAAACAAGUGUAUUAUUUAGUCAACCAGCAUCGAGAACAUCUGGUGAAAAUGAUAAAACAUCACCAUGUAAUCCAUCACUAACACCAAGUACAACAACUGGUGGUUUAUUAAGUUCAACAACAGCACAAGCAUCCGGCGAAACAGCAACAAGUCAACCAUCAUUUGGUAUUGAUGAUUUACAACCAGCAAAUAAACCUUCUGAACAAAAUGAAAAAAAAAGUAUAUUAAGUUCAAGUCUAUUAAGUGCAAGUAACCCAACAUCAAUAUCACAACCGACCCGUUAUUGUUGUGGAUUAAGAUUUAACACAUUUGAUGGAAAGGCACCAACAGAACAACAACAACAAUCAGCACAAUUUGGACCAUGGAAUACUGAUAAUUCACUUUUUAAGUUUUCGAAUAAUCCUUUACCCAUUCCACAAACUAAACCAGCUUUUGGAAUAACAUCUUUCAACGAUUCAAAAAAAACCCCAGAAGAAGAAACAGAUGGUUUAAAAGAACAAGAAGAUCAAACAAAUGGUUUAUUUAGUACAUCAAGUGAAUCGUUGGGUUUUAUUGAUCCAAAUGAGCCAACAACAAGUACAUUAUUUAGUCAACCAGCAUCAAUCACAUCUGGUGAAAAUAAUAAAACAUCACUAGGUAACCCAACACCAAGUACAACAACUGGUGGUUUAUUUGGUUCAAGAACAGCACAAUCAUUUGGCGAAACAGCAACAAGUCAACCAUCAUUUGGUAGUAAUGAUUUACAACCAGCAAGUACACCUUCAUUUGGAUUGGAAAAAAAUGCAAAUGGAAGUGUAACACCAAUAAUACAACCGGCUGGUUUUGGUUGUGGUGUAAGUUUUAACUCAUUUGAUUGGAAGGCAUCAACAGAACAACAACUACAACAACAACCAACACAAUUUGGACCAACGAAUAAUAAUAAUUCAAUUUCUAAGUUUUCGUAUAAUCCUUUAUCCAUUCCACAAACAAAACCAGCUUUUGGAAUAACAUCUUUCAGUGAUUCAAAAUAUCGAACAGAAGCUCGUGGUGAGUCAAUUAAAUCAUCAACAUUUACAUCUGGACAAGGAAGUGAAUGCGAGCAUCAUUGGCGUUUUGAUAUUUAUCCAAAUGGUUAUUAUGACAGUAGUAUGGACUUUGUUGGUCUGAAAAUUAAUUUGCUGGAUGACAAACGUCCAGAUAACGUUCAAGUCACCAUGAAGAUUUCAAUUUUAAAUUCUUAUGAUAAUCCAGUACAUACUGUUGGUAAAAACGCCAUGACAAUAACAAUUCCAGAAACAGGAAUUAUUUAUUGCCCUAAUUUUUUAAAUAAACAAGAAAUUAUUAAUAAUUCUUCUUGUAUAUUGUCAAAUGGUAACUUGAAAAUACUUUUUGAGAUUGGUACAUUGAUUGGAACUUCAACAAAAUCCAAGAAAAUAAAACAAGCAUAUUCACCAAAAGAUCAAUUACGUGAUCAAAUAUUUAAAUAUUUUAAUUCUGAAAAAUUAAGUGAUGUUGUUAUUGAAGUUGAUGAAUCAGAAAUUAAAGCCCACAAGUUAAUUUUAUCAACUCAAAGUCCAAUAUUUGCUGCAAUGUUUGAUGAAGAAAUCAAUAAAAAUCGUAUUAAAAUUGAUGACAUGAAGCUUGAUGUUGCAAAACAAUUGUUGGAAUUUAUUUAUACAAAUAAAAAACCAACAAGAAUCAAUGAAUUUACAACUGAGCUGAUAAUUGCUGCACAAAAAUAUCAAAUUGCUGAAUUAAGAAUUAUGUGUGAAGAAAUUUUGCUUGAUUCAUUAUCAUUUGACAAUGCCAUAAAAAUUUUGCUUCUUGCACACAAGCAUGACAUCAACAAGUUGAAAGAUUUUGUUAUUGAAUUUAUCCAGGCUAAUGGAAGCAUACUGAAAUCAAAUGAAUUCAAGGAUUUGGAAAAUGAACAUCCUGCUUUGGCUAUGGAAGUAUAUCGUUUAAUUGCCAUUGAAAAAGCAGUCAAUUAA